AUGGCGGAAGUGAACGAUCUUGCCGGUCUUGGCACCAGUAGCGGUCUGACUAACAAUUUGCUCGACGAUAACAAUAGGAAAAAUGGCUCGGUACGGGUGCAGAUCGUACCGUCCCAGCCGAAGACGCUCUCCAAUCUGCCAACGCGGCCACCCGUCGAUCUGGCCUUCCACAAUCUUACGUACCGGGUCAAGGAAGGACGUCGCAACAAUGUGAAGACAAUCCUGAAAGAGGUCAGCGGCAAGCUGCGCUCGGGAGAACUGACCGCCAUUAUGGGCCCGUCCGGUGCGGGCAAGAGUACGCUGCUGAACAUCCUUUCCGGUUACAAAACGACAAACAUUGAUGGUUCGAUAACGAUGAAUGGAAAGGAACGCAACCUGAGCCAGUUCCGCAAACUUUCCGCCUACAUUAUGCAGGAUAAUCAGCUGCACGCUAACUUGACUGUCGAGGAAUCGAUGUACGUAGCCGCUAGCCUGAAGCUUAGCCAGAAGGUGGACAAGAGUGAGAAGCAGGAUGUGAUUAAGAAAAUUCUGGACACUCUCGGUCUGGAGGAACACCGUCCAACGUUGACGCGGAACCUAUCCGGUGGUCAACAGAAGCGUUUGUCAAUUGCACUGGAGUUGGUGAACAAUCCACCGGUAAUGUUCUUCGACGAACCAACAUCGGGAUUGGACAGCUCGACUUGUUUCCAGUGUGUAAGCUUGCUCAAAUUCUUGGCCCGUGGUGGACGUACGAUCAUCUGCACCAUCCAUCAACCGUCGGCCCGUCUGUUCGAGAUGUUCGAUCAGCUGUACACACUCGCCGAUGGCCAGUGUGUGUAUCAGGGUAGUACGCGACAGCUGGUUCCGUUCCUGGGUACGCUCGAUCUCGAUUGCCCAUCGUAUCACAACCCGGCCAGUUACGUUAUUGAGGUAUCGUGCGGUGAGCAUGGUGAUCAUACGCGCAAGCUUGUCAAUGCGAUCGAGAACGGCAAGAAGGAUAUCCGCAGCGAGCUUGACUUCCCGGCACAGAAGAACAAGAAGAAUGAAAAUGCAGCAAACGGAAAUGCCAACUUGAAGGUGAACUAUGAGCGCAUGAACGGUGGUGCGAACAAGUACGCGGACAAUCUGAACCUCGGUGGAAACGGUUUGCUGCCAACGUCGAUGGUGAAUGAUAUUGCAAAGGAGACGGAAACGAUCAAAAUCGCUGUUGAACCGGACCGCGAGCCUGAGGUUAAUAGUGCGCUGCUACCGGUUGAGGGUGAGGCUGAAAAUGACCACACGCCCGAACGUUACCCAACGUCGGAAUUCCACCAGUUUUGGGUUGUGUUGAAACGAACGCUGCUUUUCAGUAGACGUGAUUGGACUCUCAUGUACUUGCGUUUGUUUGCUCACAUCCUGGUUGGAUUCCUGAUUGGCACACUGUACUACGACAUCGGUAACGAUGGCGCUAAGGUGCUCAGUAAUUUGGGCUUCCUGUUCUUCAACAUGCUGUUCCUGAUGUACACGUCCAUGACAAUUACGAUUCUUUCUUUCCCUCUCGAGAUGCCGGUACUGUUAAAGGAAAACUUUAAUAGAUGGUAUUCGUUACGAUCGUACUAUCUUGCUAUAACAGUCUCGGAUAUACCAUUCCAGACAAUCUUCUGCGUGAUUUACGUCUCGAUCGUCUAUUACUUCACGUCACAACCACUUGAAUGGUUCCGGUUCGCAAUGUUCCUUAGCUCCUGUCUGCUCAUUUCAUUCGUCGCACAAAGUGUCGGUCUGGUUGUCGGUGCUGCAAUGAACGUCCAGAACGGUGUGUUCUUGGCCCCAGUCAUGUCCGUACCAUUCCUGCUGUUCUCCGGCUUCUUCGUAUCCUUCGACGCCAUUCCAAUUUAUCUACGGUGGAUCACGUAUCUAUCCUACAUUCGCUACGGUUUCGAGGGAACCGCACUGGCCACCUACUCAUACGGUCGCGAAAAGCUCAAGUGUCACCAGGUGUACUGUCAUUUCAAGUCGCCCACGACCACGCUGGAGGAGCUGGACAUGUUGGACGCCAACUUCACACUUGACAUUGUUGCGCUGAUCGUUAUUUUCAUUGUGUUGCGAGUUGCUGCCUUCCUGUUCCUGCGCUGGAAGUUGAAGACCACCAGAUAAAUCACGCAUGUGACACGGGUGGCGUAAUAAGUGAUGCUUUUU